AUGAAUCUUCAGAGCUGGCAUCGGGAUGAUCAUGUCCAGACCGCUUUGUUGGCUCGGUACCUCAUGUCUCGUGGGUUUGAGAAACAGGGCAGAGAAAUAUAUGAUACAGUGACAAACCACACUUCAGAAACUGCCAAUGGAAUCUCUCCAGUGUCAAAAUGCAUCCAAAACGGAGAGUAUUCUACAGUCUUACAAUGGCUCACGGGCACCGGGAAUCAAGAGCCGAACCCAUUGGGCCAUUUAGUGCCUUCUGAUGCUCAAGUAGGAUCGUAUUUGGUACACAGAGCAAUCUUUCUUGAAGCAAUUCUUCGUGUCAAACUCCUCAAACAGCACGAAAAUCCCUUGGCAAUGCUUAACGAUGUACUCAUUCCACUUAGACACACACUCAACCAAUCAUCAGUGUUUCCAACACCUCCGGAAGAUGAACAGAAACAACUACUUCAAUUGGUUUUGAGCACUGCGGACGAGGUGGUUCAUGAUAUGUUCCAUUUGCAAAAGGUUCCAGAGCCUGUUUCUGUUGCGUUUGCAAAUGAAUGUUUCGGCAAGAUCAGACAAGCUCUCAUCAAAGAUUUUAAGCUGGCAACGCAAGCCAAUUCGUCGGAAACUUCGUUGACCAAAACUGACCCCUCGAACAUAGCUUCGGUGCCUCCGGACUACCUCUUUCGCCUUCUCCAGCAUUCAUAUGCCCACCUUGAGCUCAUACAUCCAUUCAGUCUUCCUCCGCGCUUACCCACUGCAUCUCCUCGUGAACUCGAACUUCUUCUGCUUCCCAUAACAGCGCCUACUUUCGACCCACCUCCUAAAUUUCCAGCUCAUCUUCUCCACACCUUGAAACACCAUCAAACAAAUGAGGUGUGGAUCGCCAAGUUCUCUCCUCUGGGCAGAUACUUGGUGCUGGGCCUGGCAGAUGGAGUACUCGUGAUCUAUGAUGUGCAUAAUAAGUUUGAGGUUAUUGCUCGGUUGCAGUCAGAUCCAACGAAAGAUCUGGAAGCCAUGGUGGGCUUUUCCGACAAUGCAAACUCGAAGAAAGCAAAAAGCAUUAUGUACUGCAGCUGGGAUCCUACUGAACAAUAUCUCGUGAGUUCGUCGGUGGAUACUAUCAUUCGAGUAUGGUGGGUAGGUGGUCUUAAUCGCAAGCAUAAAACCAGAUCUCAAGACGAUUUCAAGCUUCGGUGCUGCUUCACAAUUGGUCUUAAUAUUAAGGCUUGGACCUGUGAAUUCUUACCUGUUCCACAUGGUGAAAACCCCACUUUUAUUGUCGGAUCCAUGGAUAAAAAACUCAAGGCAUAUGACAUUGACGGCCGAGAGCUUUUCGAUUUUUUCGGAGACACCGAAGAGGCUGCAAAGCCAGAGAAAGAGGAUGGUCCCAUAAACAGCUUUCAACGAGUUACUGACCUCGCUAUCACUCCAAACGGCAAAAUCCUCAUAACGACUAAUAACGAUAAACGAGUUCAUUUCUAUAGCAUCCCAAGUCUAGUUGAUCCUCUAGCGGUGACUAAAUGCUUGGCGUCCAUAAGUCUCGGUGGUCGCCUAACAUCAUGUUCAAUAUCCUCCUCCGGCGACUAUUUAUUAUUCAACAUCUGUCCCGACGAGCUUCAAGUUUGGUGCAUAGCUCCAUUGGCGAAGGGUGAACCUCCGUACUUGGUGAGAAAGUUUUGCGGGUUUUUGCAAGACUCUUUCACAGUCAGGUCUUGCUUUGGAUACACUGUGAAGAAUUCAGCAGGCGUUGAAGACGAACAGCUCGCAUUGACUGGAAGUAAAGAUGGUUACGUUUACAUCUGGAAACUUUCAUCUGGUGGUCUAGUAACACGCAUUCGAGCACAUGAAGGACUAGUCAGUUCUGUUGAGUGGAACCGCUAUCAUCAAGCAGUCCCUCAUGAUCCUCGAGAUUAUGGCAGUUUGUGGUGUAGCGUCAGCGACGAUCACACCGUCAAGAUCUGGGGACCACAAGACUUCUACAGUACAUAA